AUGGAGAAGCAGAGAUUCACAAUCGACCAGUUUAGAUCCAUACGCAGUUUGCUUAGAAAGAAAGUGCACGGUUGCUGUACAAGGUUGUUUCACGAGUUCUGUACAUACUACGCCAUAUACCUUUGCUCCACGCGCGCCACAUCAUCCGUGGGCCGAGGCCCGGUCCCACCGGGCUCGAUUAAUUAUGCAACCUCGUUAGAAGGGCCGUUUGAUUUACAGUGGGCCCGAGUUUCGCCACAGGGCCCGACUUUCAGGUCCUUGAGCUGCAAGAGGUUUUAUUCGGUCAGAAGCCCGGGACUCUGCAUGGGGGGUUCGGAGACGAGCAACUGUUUGGUUAGUCGGGCAGCCGGGCAGCAGGGCUCGUUGGAGGAUAGAUGUUUGAGGCUUCCGGGUUUUGGGCGGUCGACUUCACAGAAUGAGAGCAGAAGAUGGUUGUGUUCUUUCAGUCAGGCAAUGGGAUCAGAUGGAAAUGGCUGCAGAGGGGUUCUUGGAUUAGUGUUUGAUUGA